AUGGGGCCUUCGGACGAUGCUCGAAGGCGUUCCGAUCGGAUGAGUGCGAGUAUGAGAGCUCCUCCCACUCAUCGAUCAUCAUUCGCAGACAGACUCCCCGCGCGCUUCAGAGACGGCGACGACGCCCAAUUCGAUUUCACCGCCCCUCCCCCGAGUAUGAGCUCUCGAGAUGGCCACCCUCAUUAUAUGCAACAUUCGUUGAUUUCGAUGAUUGCUGCGGUCGGCUCUGCGUCCGACUUCCGAGCCCGAUUUGAUGAUCCGAGCGACAGCGAAGGAGAGGCGGAUCUGAAUCAAAGGAAAGACUCACAGCGAACAUCAUUCCAAGAAAGCUCCAUAGAUUCAUCUUCCAAAGAGCCCCCUCAACCCAGCCUCGCACUACAAACAGAAGAUCGAGGACGUCGUCAUCAAAGAACGUUAUCGGCUGAUUUGCGCCGGAGGAUGUCUGAUGCGAGUUUGAAAGACAAGUUGAAAGACAAAGAAAGUAAAGCUGCUGGCCCUAGUGGAUCAACUCUCUCACUUCCACCACGCCAAGCUCGAAGCGUUACUCCACGGGCCGCCCCCAUUCUCACCCGCAUGGUUCGAGCGCAAAAUCGGUUCGAUACAGCCGCGGCACCAGAGCAGCCGCCCUCAAGACCGGAUACGCCGAGUGGAGACCGACCGCAAAUAUCUGGGUCGGCCCUCUCUACGCGUUUGAUGGAAAUGUUCGGAUUUGAGAAGCCUGAGAAGGUAGUAGUGGAGUAUGCAUGUGCCCUGCUGCAAAGCAUGCUUCUCCAGGGCUAUAUGUACGUCACUGAGGGUCACGUCUGCUUCUAUGCAUACUUGCCAAAGAAGUCCAGUGUGGCAAUAAAGUCUGGCUUUCUGUCCAAGCGUGGCCGGAAGAAUCCCAAGUACAAUCGGUACUGGUUUGUUUUGAAGGGUGAUGUUUUCUCAUAUUAUGCCGACCCAUCAAAUCUCUACUUUCCCAGAGGCCAUGUCGAUCUUCGGUACGGCAUCUCGGCAUCACUUGCUGAGCCGAAAACGAAAGGCGCUGAAGUGAAAGACUUCCAUGUCACCACUGACCAAGGGCGUACUAUUUCAGGGCUGAUAGCUCCGCAAGCGCGAAAGAAUGGUGUCAUUCCCAUCGACAAAAUGAUUACCAUUGAAGAGGGUCCAAUGGCUGAAUACGCAGAGACUUUCAAGAUUGUGGUGGACAAUGAUGAGACAUUUGCAAUUGAUGAAUACUUUUUCUCCUUUUUUGAUGCUAGCCAAGAAGCAUUCAACCACCUUAAGAGCCUUGUAAACUCGUCGCCCAUCAGAAAGCCGACUGGGGCAUGGCGGGCAGGCGACGAUAGAGCUAAUAUCGGCACAACGGCAACGGGUCUGAAGAGACUUUCUGGUAGUAGUGGUCGACGUUCAGACGAAAGGCCCUACUUACAAGAGCCCAGUAGCAGUGCUAUUGACGCAGCACAUGGAUCAACAGAUUCCUUUGCUUUCUCUUCGGACCAAGGAACGGAAUCAUCGCACGUCAUACAAUCCAUGACGGAGACGGGAUCAGCAAGCCAGAUUCUCAACCGCAACGAUUUGUUCCAGUCCCCUACCGUGCCGUCGGCCAGGCGUGCUUCCGACUUAGAAAGCCCUGCUCGCCGGCGAUCCGAUGACACUACUCGCUCAAUUCCAGCACAAGCGGGCGCGACGCAACGGAAAUCCCGCGGAACUGCUGAUAUGGAAACCUCAGAGAGCUUGCCUUAUGCCUCUACUUCGACGAAUGACCAUUUGCUUCAGUCUUCUAGCUACCAUUCAAGUGUCCCGGACAUGGUUAAAGCCGGAGUUUAUCCGCGCGCCGCCGCUCUUGGAAAUGCAGUGAAGACAUACAGCAACCUGUUAGCAACUGGCUCAAUGGGCUACAUAGAGAAGGUGUCCGGCAUGUGGAUCGGGGGUCAGAAGCACUAUGGUGAAACCGAGGGCAUACUGGCAGAGAACCAGGGCCCUGAUCUAGAAGAGAAAGAAAGUGAUGCAAAUUACGGGGAUCGAUUCCGUGCUCAUUUCGCUCUCCCGUCGACCGAGAGAUUGCAAGCAACAUACUACGCCUACCUGCAUCGCGUGCUACCACUGUAUGGUAAGAUUUACAUCAGUGAGAGGAAGUUUUGCUUCCGCAGUCUGAUUCCUGGGACUCGGACGAAAAUGAUCCUCCCCCUCAAGGAUAUUGAGAAUGUGGACAAGGAGAAAGGCUUUCGAUUCGGUUAUCACGGUCUUGUAGUCAUCAUUCGUGGACACGAGGAGCUAUUUUUCGAAUUCAACACGGCCGAUGGACGAGACGACUGUGCUGUCACAUUGCAUCGAAAUUUGUCAGAAGUCAAAUUCUUGGCAGAAUCUGGUAUUUUAGCUGAGGAGGAGCGUGAAGAGGUCGAAGCUGCGAAGGCCGAGCAUGCUAUGCUGCAGGAGGCUCGUCUUGAUAACCCAGGCGAACACGAGGCACAUCCCUCGCUCCGUGAAGAUUCCUCUGAAAUACAACCAUUCUUUGACGACACUCGCGCUUCGAUCAUUCAUUUCAAGCCACCAGAGCCUCUGAGGAUCACCUGCUUGACUAUCGGAUCUCGAGGAGAUGUACAGCCCUACAUUGCUCUCUGUAAGGGGCUUCUUGCAGAGGGCCAUAAGCCGAAGAUUGCGACACACGCCGAAUUUGAGCCCUGGAUCAGAAAACACGGAAUCGAUUUUGCCCCGGUGGAUGGCGAUCCCGCAGAAUUGAUGCGCAUUUGUGUCGAGAAUGGAAUGUUCACUUACUCCUUCCUCAGAGAAGCAUCCCUGAAAUUCAGAGGCUGGAUUGAUGACCUGCUUUCUUCUGCGUGGCGAGCUUGUCAAGGGAGUGAUCUCUUGAUAGAAUCACCGAGCGCUAUGGCUGGCAUUCACGUCGCAGAGGCCCUUCGAAUUCCCUACUUCCGAGGGUUCACCAUGCCGUGGACCCGAACUCGGGCGUAUCCCCACGCAUUCGCCGUUCCUGAAAACCGCAUGGGCGGUGCUUACAACUAUAUUACUUAUGUCAUGUUUGAUACUGUUUUCUGGAAGGCUAUUGCAGGCCAAGUGAACCGUUGGCGCAACAAUGAGCUUGGCCUAAAGGACACUAGUCUGGACAAGAUGCAGCCGAACAAGGUCCCUUUUCUAUAUAACUACUCCCCUCCGUGGUCCCUCCUCCUCUCGACUACCCUGAUUGGAUUCGCAUCACUGGGGACCGACUGGGCUCCUCCGCCCGAGCUAUCAGCUUUUAUUGAUCGUGCCCGUACUGAUGGCAAGAAGAUUGUAUAUAUUGGUUUUGGAUCUAUCGUUGUCUCCGACCCUGCAGCUUUGACACGAACGGUCAUUGAGUCGGUUCAAAAAGCUGACGUUCGAUGUAUCCUUUCCAAGGGCUGGUCCGAUCGCCUUGGAGACCCUUCAAGCGUGAAAGUGGAAAUCCCUUUGCCUCCAGAGAUUUAUCAGAUUCAGUCUGCACCCCAUGACUGGCUCUUCUCCCAGAUCGAUGCAGCAGCCCACCACGGCGGUGCCGGAACUACGGGUGCAAGUCUUAGGGCUGGUGUGCCAACCAUCAUCAAACCAUUCUUUGGUGAUCAGUUCUUUUUCGGCUCUCGGGUCGAAGACCUUGGUGUCGGGAUCUGCAUGAAGAAGCUUAACGUCAGCGUCUUUUCCCGUUCACUUUGGGAAGCUACGCAUAGCGAGCGGAUGAUUGUUAAGGCGCGCAACCUGGGCGCUCAGAUACGCAGUGAAGAUGGCGUUGCAACCGCCAUCCAGUCACUCUACCGUGACCUUGAAUACGCCAAGACCCUGGCACAACAGCGAUCGAACAUGUCAUCUACCCCAUUCUCUCCCACACCUUCCGCUCAAACCUUGACUGAACAAGGCGAUGAAGAGGUAGAUGAUAUCGAGGAGUGGACCUUCGUUGGCGACGACACGGAGGUCAACAUCAAUAUCUCGAAGCGCAUGCGUGAACGCGCCGCCUCAGACGCCGACCCGAUGGCUUCAAGCCAGUUCCUUCCAUGA